UCUCCCAGCCUCUGCUGCUUCCCACAACUCACCCCCUCCAACACCCCCACGCCCGCCGCCGCCUCCUCCGCCUCUCCCCUCCCCUCCUCCGCAAUCGGGAAUAAAUCAGGGAAGGAGCGAGCCGGGCACGCCAGAGCGAGCAGAGAUCUGUUCCAAAAGUAGCCCUGAUGGCGGCGGAUCGGAUGGAGCCGGAGCUGCCGCUGGAGUAGCGGCGAGUCAGAGUAUCUCCCUGGAUCCCCCGCUCCACCCACAGAUCUCAAUCGGUCUCCUCCCCACCCCCAGCUCCGCUCCCUGCUGCUGUGCCCAUCGCUGGGCGGCUCCUCGGAGAAGGGAGGACACUUUAAAAAGCAAAACAAUCCCCUACUCAUUUAAUUUUAUUAUUUGUUCCGUCUCCGUGACUGGGGGGGGGAUCGAUCUUCGAUCAGGAAGAUGGCUGCUAGCUGGCUGCUAGUCUUUAGUCUGACACUUUUCCAGUCCCUGGUGAUGAACCUGUCCUCCGAAGGACCCUUCCCUUCUGCCACAACAAUAAAGUCAUGGGUGGAUAAAAUGCAAGUCGAUCUUGUAACGUUGGCAAGAAGCGCAAGUGGGGUGGACGAGCUUGCCAAGAUUUAUACGAAAUACAGCGAUCUGUAUACAGUGGAAGCCAACAAUGCACGUGACUUGGUGGAAAUUGCAGCCAGCAAUAUUGAAAAACUACUGAGUAACAGAUCAAAAGCCCUGGUGAACCUUGCAAAAGAAGCAGAGACAUUUCAAGCAGCACAUCAGUGGAGGGAUGAGUUUGGGAAUAAUGAAAUCAUCUAUUACAAUGCAAAGGAUGAUCAGAAUGAUUCUGAAAAGAACGAGAGUGAAUCUGGAAGCCAGAAAAUCAGACCAGUGUUUGAAGAAGAUGCUGUUUUUGGACGACAAAUAUCUUACCAGCAUGCAGCAGUCCACAUACCAACAGAUAUUUACGAAGGCUCUACAAUAGUGUUAAAUGAACUCAACUGGACUGGAGCAUUGGAUGAGGUAUUCAAAAAGAACAGAGAAGAAGACCCAACUUUGUUAUGGCAGGUUUUUGGCAGUGCGACUGGCCUCGCCCGGUAUUAUCCAGCCUCCCCAUGGGUAGAUAAAAGCCGAACUCCAAACAAGAUAGAUCUAUAUGAUGUUCGCAGAAGACCAUGGUACAUCCAAGGAGCUGCAUCUCCAAAAGACAUGCUUAUUUUAGUUGAUGCGAGUGGGAGCGUUAGUGGACUGACACUGAAGUUGAUCCGAACCUCCGUCAUUGAGAUGCUAGAAACGUUGUCAGAUGAUGAUUUCGUGAAUGUAGUUUCAUUUAACAAUAACGCUCAGAAUGUCAGUUGCUUUAAUCAUCUUGUCCAAGCUAAUGUGAGGAACAAGAAGAAGCUGAAAGAGGCAGUCUACAAAAUCUCAGCUAAAGGAAUCACUGACUACAAGAAAGGCUUUACCUAUGCUUUUGAACAGUUGCAAAAUCACAGUGGCUCUAGAGCUAAUUGCAAUAAGAUCAUUAUGUUGUUUACUGAUGGUGGUGAAGAAAGAGCACAAGAGAUUUUCCACAGAUACAACAAAGACAAAAAAGUACGUGUAUUCACAUUUUCUGUUGGUCAACAUAAUUAUGACAAAGGACCCAUACAAUGGAUGGCCUGCCAAAAUAAAGGUUACUAUUAUGAAAUUCCUUCCAUUGGAGCGAUAAGAAUAAACACACAGGAAUAUUUGGACGUUUUGGGGAGACCGAUGGUUUUAGCUGGAGAUAAAGCAAAACAAGUCCAGUGGACCAAUGUGUAUUUGGAUGCACUGGAACUGGGCCUUGUCAUUACCGGGACUCUGCCUGUCUUUAAUCGAACAGUAGACCAACAAGGGAACAAGAACCAGCUGAUUCUUGGAGUUAUGGGAGUUGAUGUCUCUUUGGAGGACAUAAAAAAACUGACACCACGGUUUACAUUGUGCCCAAAUGGUUACUAUUUUGCAAUUGACCCUAAUGGUUAUGUUUUACUUCAUCCAGAUCUUCAACCAAAGCAUAUUGGUGUGGGCAUACCAAAAGUUAAUGUGAGAAAAAGGAGACCCAAUGCCCAGAAUCCUAAAUCUCAGGAGCCCGUUACACUGGAUUUUCUGGAUGCUGAGCUAGAAAAUGAUAUUAAAGUUGAGAUUCGGAAAAAAAUGAUAGAUGGAGAAAGUGGGGAAAGAACAUUUAAAACAUUGGUCAAGUCUCAAGAUGAGAGGUAUAUUGACAAAGGAAAUCGAACAUAUACAUGGACCGCUGUGAAUGGCACAGAUUACAGUUUGGCCUUGGUAUUACCAUCCUACAGCUUUUACUACAUUAAAGCCAAAAUAGAAGAACCAAUAACUCAGGCCAGAUAUUCAGAAACUCUAAAGAUUGAUCACUUUGAUGAAGCUGGCUAUACCUUUAUAGCACCAAGAGAAUACUGUAAUGAUGUAAAAGUAUCAUACAACAACACUGAAUUUCUUUUAAAUUUCAAUGAGUUUAUUGAUCGAAAUACCCCAAACAGCCCUUCAUGUAAUGCUGAUAUGGUCAUUAGAGUUUUGCUGGAUGCAGGAUUUACAAAUGAACUAGUCCAGGAUUAUUGGAGUAAGCAAUCUCUCAAUGGAGUUGUUGCACAAUUUGUGGUUACGGAUGGUGGAAUCACUAGAGUUUUCCCUAAAAGGGCAGGAGAUGAUUGGACAGAAAAUCCUGAAACUUACGAAGUCAGUUUCUAUAAACGGAGCUUGGAUAAUGACAACUAUAUCUUCACAGCUCCAUACUACAACAAAAGUGAAGCCAGUAGCUAUGAAACAGGCAUUAUGGUGAGCAAGGCUGUGGAGAUAACCAUUGGUGGAAAACUUCUUAAACCCGCAGUUGUUGGAAUAAAAAUUGAUGCAACCAGCUGGAUGGAAAAUUUCACCAAAACCACAACCAAGAGCCUGUGCAACAGUGAACUUUGUGGCUGUGAAAGAAACAGUAUGCACCUGGAUUGUGUUGUUCUUGAUGACGGUGGAUUUCUUUUGAUGUCAAAUCAGGAUGAAUAUACCCAACAGAUUGGACGAUUCUUUGGUGAGAUUGACCCUGACCUGAUGCGAAACCUCAUUAACAUGUCCUUAUACGCCUUUAACAAGUCUUACGACUAUCAGUCUGUGUGUGAUCCUGAAGAAGAACCAAAGCAAGGAGCUGGUCUUCGUUCUGCAUACGUACCUACAGUAGCGGAGAUUUUGCAUGUCGGAUGGUGGGCCUCUGCAGCCGCUUGGUCUAUCUUGCAACAGCUGUUUUUGGGCCUGACUUUUCCACGUUUCCUUGAGGCAGCGGAAGCAGAUGAUGAGGAUUACGCUACUAUCCUAUCCAAACAGAGCUGCAUUACUGAGCAAACUCAGUAUUUCUUUGAAAAUGAUGAUAAAUCCUUUGGUGGGAUUGUAGACUGUAUAAACUGUUCCAGACUUUAUCAUGCAGAAAAGCUUUCACACACCAAUCUAGUAUUUAUAAUUAGUGACAGCCAACGGAUGUGCCGUUCCUGUGACCCAAAGCCAUUGAUGCAAGCAGAAAAGCCGGAUGAAGGGCCAAAUCCUUGUGAAAUGGUGAAGCAGCCCAGAUACCGAAAGGGGCCUGAUGUCUGCUUUGAUAACGAUAAUGCGGAAGAUUCGUCAGACUGUGGUGGGGUCUCUGGACUGAGCCCACCACUUUGGUCUAUGAUAGGAAUCCAGUUUGUCCUGCUUUGGCUGUUAUCUGGCAGCAGACAUGGCCAGUUAUGACCCUGUGAAACCAAAACCUGCAUAACUAAUCAAGACCCUGCCAAAACGUUAGCCCUCACUUUCAUUAUCAAAGGGUCAGCUAUUCAGACAGCAGAAGAACAGCAAUGCCCAUAACUUGGUAUUAGUCUAUGUGAAAGAUUCAUAAAGGCACCCACAGUGGCUGCAUGUUGGAGUGUCAGAUCGUUAAACAUGUGUGAAUGCUGCAUCAUCUCUGCCAUCAGAACAGAAUUCUAUAUGUGCUUUAUUGAGGAAUCUAAGAUUUUUGUGUUCAUUGUUGUAUCGUUGAUGACUUCAUGUAAAAGGGCUCCCCUUAAAAUAGCUUAUGUAUGAUAUGAUUUCCAUUUAUUUUGAUCUUAGCAUUGAAUUUGUUGCAGACCCUAUAUGCUUUUACAUGAACACUUGUGAAAUCACAUUUCUUUAACCCUCCUCUUUUAUUGUAUUAAUACCAUUACAGCUGCUUUGAACAUCAGUUGUGUUCAGAAUAUAAAUAGUUGGCAGACUUCAGUUCGUACAAAACAGCUUAGUGAAUUGAAACUAUCGGCUAGUCUUCUCCAGAAGUUCACCAAGACUGAAAUGCCUUACAAUGAGUGGUUUAUUCUGCCAAAAUUAAUCAAUACAGGUGGCUAGCUAAGUUUUGGUAGGUUCAUAAACUGUUGGUUUUAAAAUAAAACAAAACAAAAAAGCAAGCAAGAAGCUACUGAAUUUUGAAAUAUAAAGGUGUUUGAGAGUAACCAAGUGAUUUUUUCCUCCUGAACUCGGUGUCAUGUCCCUUUCAGAAAGCUGUUAAUUUCCAUGUAAUGAUCAGUGCUCUCUUCGCAGUGCAGUUACGUAACGCUAGCCAAAUCCUUCAAAAUGCUCAAACGAAAAAGCUUGUGAAUACAAAAUGUCUUUGUGAUUAUUGAACGUUGGUUUCCAAGGGUAUUUUGCAUGAUGAUGCUGCUACUUUAUUGUUUUUAAGUUUGUUUUCUUGAAUGGUAGAGUAUAGUCCAUUGAAAAGGUAACUGAGUGAUUCUUUUGUUGUGUGAGAAACUGAACAUUGCAAUGUGAUGCAAUUAAAUAAUCUUAAAUUAUAUUGUUAAACAGAGCUCUGAAUAUACUGUGCAAUGAAAAAGCUAAGAAAGUAGCGUAAAUUUAGUUGGCUGGACAAAAGGGAUGAGAUGGAUUUUAUACAGAUUAGUGCUCUCACAUGAAAACCUAUGUACAGAUAUUUUAAGUAUAUAAAAAUCAGAUUUGACACAUUUAUUUUUGAAGAGUAUAUGUUGUUCUGAGAUUCAUGCCAGGUUCCCCUUUUGUUUUCAUGGCAUGGUAGCACCCCUUAAUGUUUAAACUCCUAUUAUUGCUAUUUUAUAUUGAAUAUAGCAAGCUUAAUAGAGCAAGAUUUCCUGGCUGCUGAAAUUAGAACGAAAUCCGAACAAAUGGGGAGCCUUGAAUCUAUAUGUAUGCACAUUGAUACUUGAUUGUGAAUAACAAUAAAAAACAAUUGUUUUAUACAAACUUGUUGGUGAUACAAAUUGGUGCAGUAAAUUAUAAUAUUACACUGUAGAAUAGUGUACAUGCAAAAUAUGAUUUGCGCUUUUUUCUAGUUUUCAGAACUAAACAGUAUUGCAAGACAGAUAAACCAAUGAAUGUGCAACUCUGCUGACAUUGUGCAAUUCUGCUAACAGCUGCAAUAUGGUAAUAUUUACAUGGUACAAUACAUUUGUUCUUUAAAAAAAUGAAAAUGCAAAGCGUUGGUAUGUAUAUGCUGGCAAAUGACUACUAUAAUCUUGAACAUGUCAAAAGCUUACAGAAAUUAUUAGGCAUGCAUCAGUAUGCCAUGAAAAUUGAAGAAGCCACUCAAACCUAUGGCAUGGCUUACAAGAUGAAAUGACUACGUGUAGAUGUGCCUAUGAUUAUUUGUUUGUUUUUUCACAUUACCCUUGGUUCCAGCUGUGUAUGUUCCCAUGUUUAGGAUUACAGUGCUGGCAGGGGGAGCCUAUUAAUUAUCACAAUUAAUGGUUUAAUAUCUCUAGGAAAGUCAUCUGAUUAAACGUACAAUUGACUGAGUUUGGUGGAUCCAGUUCUUCCCUAGUGAAGAGGAGCUGAUUUCAGCAACAUGGGGAGAGGAUAAGUGGGGAAUUUUCCCCGCCAGUAGUGUUGCUCGUAGGGCUGUGAAGCAAUUUAAAAAAUGUAUCACGAUUAAUCACGCGAUUAAAAAAAUUAAUCAUGAUUCAUCCCACUGUUAAAUAAUUAUAGAAUAUGAUUUAUUUACAUAUUUUUGGAUGGUGUCUACAUUUUCAAAUAUAUUGAUUUAAAUUACAACACAGAAUACAAAGUAUACAGUGCUCACUUUAUAUUUAUUUUUGAUUACAAAUGUUUGCAUUGUAAAAAACAAAAGAAAUAGUAUUUUUCAAUUCACCUAAUACACGU